AUGCAGUACACCUCGAACAAUGAAAUCUUGAGCUUCGGUUUUUAUUUCAAGUAUGAUGGAGAAUGCUUACCCCGUUAUGAAUACACCAAGAGACAGACGGGGAAUUACUUCACCGGUAUUGGUCCUCUUAAUAACACUUUCAAACCUGUGUAUGUGACAGAAGAUGUUAUGAUAGGAUUGUACAUCAAUGUCAGUGUCCAGGGAGUGACCAGCUAUAUUAUGCAGCUCUUGGCUAAAGAAAACUCUGUUUCUCAGGAAGUCUUUGAUAUGUAUAUGGAUUAUACGAGACAAGUUGGAAUUCCAGAAGAAAAUCUUAUAGAUAUCAUCAAGAGAGAACGUACCGGCAUCUAG